CCCUCGCCUGUCCCCACCCUCCCUCCCUUUCUCUCGCUCUCUCGGCGAGAGCAGUGUGCUGCUUCUUCCCAGAUGGCAGCCGGCAGCGCCAUGCAGCCUCCCCUUCCUCCUCCUCCUCUCCCUCCUCUCCGGCUCUAAGUCAAUGCCAUGCUGCCGCUGCUCCUCCCGGCACUGCUGGCCGCCUGCCUGCCAUCCUGCCAGGGCUGGAGCCCCGCGGCGGCUGCCAGCGGGCAGGAGGAGCAGGAGCUCUUCUUGCCCCCUGUCAACUCCUCCUCCCGCUCCUUGGCCAGCCUCGAGAUGGACCUCGAAGGGGCAACAAGCAAGGAAGAAGGCGGCACCACCAGCCCGGGCACGCCGGCUGCCCCUAGCCGAGAGCCUUCCCCCUCCGCUCCCACCUCCUCCGGGCAGCAGCAGCAGCGGCCCCAGCCGCAGGGACAGCCGCAGCCCGCCGAGGACCCGCACUGCAAUAUCAGCGUGCAGCGGCAGAUGCUGAGCUCGCUGCUGGUGCGCUGGAGCCGCCCGCUGGGCAUCCAGUGCGACCUCCUGCUCUUCUCCACCAACAGCCACGGACGGGCCUUCUUCUCCGCCGCCUUCCACCGCGUGGGGCCGCCGCUGCUCAUCGAGCACCUGGGGCUGGCGGCCGGCGGCGCCCAGCAGGACUUGCGCCUCUGCGUGGGCUGCAGCUGGGUGCGGGGCAGGCGUGUCGGGCGCCUGCGGGGCGCCGCGCCCCAGGCCGCCGCCGCCGCCUCCUCGCUCACCUACCCGCCGGCGGCGGAGCCCGGCCAGUACUGGCUGCAAGGGGAGCCGCUGAAUUUCUGCUGCCUCGAUUUCAGCCUGGAGGAGCUGAAGGGUGAGCCGGGCUGGCGGAUGAACCGCAAGCCCAUCGAGUCCACCCUGGUGGCGUGUUUCAUGACUCUGGUCAUCAUUGUGUGGAGUGUGGCCGCCCUCAUCUGGCCGGUGCCCAUCAUCGCCGGCUUCCUGCCCAACGGCAUGGAGCAGCGCAGGAGCACCGCCGCCUCCGCCGCCGCCACCGCCAAGUAGCCCGCCGCGGCUCCCCCCGGGGACCCCCUUUCUUCGUCGUGUGCUGUGAAGGGACGCGGGCGGCCGCCGCCCGCCGGACUGGACUUUGUAGCGCUGCCCGUGCCGUGUUUCUCUUGUUCAAAGCGUGUCAAAGGUUACUGAUGUCAGAGCAGAACUGGAAGAUCCAGCUAUCCCACUGGACUCUGUGUGGUUCUCUGUAUUUGACAAGUACUUUCAUAGAAAAAGAUCUGAUUAAGGAAACAGGAAUUCUAGAUUAACAUUGUUCUGAGGAAAUGAAGUCAUUGGGAGUGUGAAGCUAAAUUAUGUUUUUAUUCACUCUAAGGUGAGAUUUGCUAGAAGCACUGGGACCUUACCUUGUUGGUGUCGUUCGGGGUGUUGCUAAGCAACAUGAAGUGGUUAAAAUGGAGAUACAGAAGAAGAACAUUGAAGAAUAAAAGCAACGGAGAAAUAGAAAAAGCAUAAAAGAAAGAGAGUAAAUGAGCCAGCACAUUCUACAAAUAAAUUGAGAAAUAUCAACUAUGGAAAAAAACAGUGAUUAAGAUCGUAGAGAGAAAAGAGAGCUGACAUGACUUGCUUCCAUACUUCAAACAAAAUUUUCAGUGUGUUGCCUGAAUAACUGACUGAAGUUUUGGCUCCCAAAAUGGCAAAAGUGAUGGAGAAAGAAAAUAAGAGCCUGGCAAGAAAUGACUGAGAAAAAUUAGGAAUGAGACCACCAUACCCUAAGUAAAAAGAGAAAAGAAAUCACUUUACAUAUUGCUGGAAAACAAUCAAGAAAAUGGCAAAGCACUCUUUUGUAUAUACUGUCCAAUCUAGUUUUGCUUCAGACAUUCUUUGAAGUUGUAAAGGAAACACGCUAAAAGUUGUCCGUAUUGAAUGGAUAUGUUUCUUCCAUUGAAUCUGCUUUGAUCUGUGUCAAAUAUACAUGUUUCUCAUAGUCCAGCACAAUAAUAUUUAUCAGAAUUGUAUUAAGCCAAAAGUAGUAAUGCUGAAAUAAUGCUGGUGUGAGUGUAUUUCCCAGUCUGGACCACUGCUAUUGACAAGAUUACAUGCUGGUAUUCUGUUUACAGCAUGCUGAUAUAUAUAGCCCAUGUCUUCUCAUCCAUAUAUUUUAAAGGCUACCUACUUAAUCUUCCUUUCUUGUUCCUGUCUUCAUUGUCUCCUAAGUUUCACUCCACUUUUUCUUUUGUCAUGGAAAAUUAGUCAUUCUUAAGAUUUGCUUCCCUUUACAGUCUCCAUCAUCCUUUCUCUCUCUCCUAACAUGUUUUUAUCUUUCUUGACAUUUUCUUGCUUCAUGUUUCUCACCUCUCUUUCCCAGAAAUACGUCCUUUAUUGCCAAGCUAUGAAGAAAUUGUACUAUCAAUUUCUUCUGAUUUUUCACUCUCCUUCCCACACAUUCAAACUAUAACUCUCAUGUCUUUGGCCUUUGACACCUUCAAGCCGGAGAGGAGUUUUCCAACAAGAAAGCUUGUGUUCAUGGCAAAACCUGAGUGAGAAAUUGUCUCUCCUCUUUCACCGGCUACUGGAACUCCUUCCACACUUCUGUCCCAGACACUGAUUCGGGGCACCAAGUUACUGUGUCUUCUGGUAAAUGGCAAGCGGACCCAUUUGAAGAGUUUCCUUCCACCUGAAUUCCUCAAGGUCCUGUCUCUAUACAGCCCUCCACUCAUGUGCCUGCCCCAAACCCUUUCUGGUGGAGUGUGGGAGCAUACCGCCUUUCCCACACAGCCUUUUUGCAGUGACAUGGCACAUCUCGCUGCCUGUCUGCUCUACCCGAGGUAGUCGUCUUGCACCUCGGGGAAGUUCGGCACAGCCAGGGAAGCAGGUGUCUCACAUAGCAAGGGAGCAGCAGGUCAAGUUAUACUAAGUGUAUCCAGGUAACUACAGGGUCAAAAGCACUACUUUUCAAUUAAAGCUCAAAUUCUGCAGAAAUCAAAGGCCUUUGCCUGGAAGUUGGCACAUACAGGAACUGUACAAGCAGAGUGGCCCAUGUGAUUUUUCAAGUGCUGGGCUAGUAGCAUUCUGGCUUCAUUAGUAAAUAACUCAGUGGCCAGGACAACUCACCGCAGCUCUCAUUUUGUAAGAUAAUAAACACAUACAGUUCGUGCUGGAGCCGGUAAGUGCUCAAGCCUUCUGAAAACAAC